GAGAGUCGGGUUCCAGUAUGCCGAUGUGGGUCUUGGUAGUCUUCAGGCUGGCAUAUGCUCUUCAGACGUUGAGUGCUCCCUCUCUUUCUCUUCCUCGGACAGUUUUCUUUCUCCUUGUUUAGAAGAGCGGGGUUUGGAGAGUGAGCUUCUGGAGCUCCGAGAGCAGGAACAUGGCCAGUGCCAGUGCGUGCUCGUUGCAAGUUCCGGCAGGGUCUCUGCGAAUGCUGCGGGAGCCCUGCGCUGCGAAAAAGAACGAGGUCAGCCGGAGGAAGAAGGUGUCGUUUGGCGUCAGAGGUAAGGCAGAGAAUGGAGGAGUGAAGCAGACUGUAGAUGAGAGUGCAGGGCCCGAUCUCAGCGUCACGGUGAAUGGGCUGCGGUUUCCCAAUCCCUUCGUCAUCGGUUCAGGUCCUCCGGGGACGAAUUACACGGUGAUGAAACGCGCGUUCGACGAAGGCUGGGGAGGAGUCAUUGCGAAGACGGUGUCUCUAGAUUCAUCAAAGGUUGUAAAUGUCACUCCUCGAUAUGCACGCUUGUACGGUCCGAAUACAAGGGAGGUUAUUGGAUGGGAGAACAUCGAACUUAUCAGCGAUCGGCCAUUUGAGACAAUGUUGGAGGAAAUGCGGAGGUUGAAGCAGGAGUAUCCUGAUCGCAUUCUUAUAGCAUCAAUCAUGGAAGAAUACAAUAGGCCUGCAUGGGAGGAGGUCAUAGAACGUGUUGAAGAGACUGGUGUGGAUGCUUUGGAGAUCAACUUUUCUUGUCCUCAUGGUAUGCCAGAGCGCAGAAUGGGCAUGGCAAUGGGCCAGGAUUGUGAGCUCUUAAGUGAGGUUUGCGGAUGGAUCAAUGCGAAAGCCACGGUGCCUGUCUGGGCCAAGAUGACCCCAAAUAUAACAGACAUAACCGAGCCUGCAAGGCGAGCUUUGGAUGCCGGUUGUGAAGGAAUCGCAGCAAUCAACACCAUAACGAGUGUGAUGGGCAUCAACCUUGACACUCUGCGUCCCGAACCUUGUGUUGAAGGAUACUCUACUCCUGGAGGAUAUUCAUCUAAAGCCGUUCGUCCGAUUGCUCUUGCAAGAGUGAUGGCUAUAGCUCAAAUGAUUAAGAAGGAUUUCCCCAAUCAAAACUUGUCCCUCUCCGGUAUCGGGGGGAUUGAAACAGGCAAUGAUGCUGCCGAGUUCAUUCUUUUGGGUUCUAACACCGUGCAGGUGUGCACAGGAGUGAUGAUGCAUGGUUAUCCACUUGUGAAGAAAUUGAAUUCAGAGCUUCAAGCGUUUAUGAGCAAACAUGGCUUCACGUCUAUCGAAGACUUUCGGGGUGCAUCGCUGGAGUACUUUACCACGCACAUGGAGUUGGUUCGAAUGCAAAAGGAGGCCGUCAGUGUGAGACGCUCAGUUCGCAAAGGUCUUGCAUCUGACAAAGACUGGACAGGCGAAGGGUUUGUAAAAGAAACUGAGACCAUGGUUUCGAACUCUUGAGCACCUGAGCACGUCAUUUGUAAACGACCGAUGGACUGAGUAGUUUCUAGGGUCUGUAAGCAAAUUGCGAAGAGACUAUUGCACACUGUUGUAAUUCGAGAGUAGGAAACACAUGUGGAUAUAAUCGUAAACUUGAAAAUCGUACAGUCGGAAUUAUAGCCUUCGACAUCUAGAAGUGCACAUUUCCCAAGUUGGAGGCAAGGCUGCAUUCUGUAGUACAGCUGUGAAUAUUAGAACAUGUAGAUGAUUCUGUUUGUAAAUUCUUUUCUCCAGGUAUCCAUGAAUACCUGGAUACAGUGAAACAACUACUUGAGACUCGUUAAGUUUUUCUAGAUGCCGAUCUGCUGAAAGUGUCUGUAGGCUUAUUUUUUCUGAUAUCCAGACUCACUAAAAAUAAAAACUCUUGGCCUGAAUUCGA